CUGCUAUUGUUCGUUUUUGGGCUAAAAGCUUGUAAAACAAAUUGGAAUUCAAAGAAUAGCCCUAAUCAAAUUCACUUCAGCUUUCACUCUCUUCGUUCUUCCUCAUCUUCCAGGCUUAAAGCUGCCGAUUGCCGGUACCGGGCUAGCUCCUUCGCCGCCAUCUCAAAGCGCCGCCGAGUUCAUGUAAUAUAGAACAAUGGCCAAGGAAAAGCCAAAUAAAUCUGGGCCUCCUAAAAUAAUUACGCUUAAUAACGCAUCGAAAUUGGCUGAACAAUGGCUAAAUAAAAUGAAUGGGUCCGGACAAGAUGAAGUAGUGGAAGCAGAACCAGAGGCUCGGCCAGAGAGGCUUGGACUUGGAGCAAAGGUUCCGCGGCAAUCAAAUGUCGGACUCUCUAAUGACCCUGUCGUGAGAAAACUAUCUGCCAAGUUGGGUGCUGGAAAAAGAAAAGCUUCCAAGAACCAGGACUCAUCCACCCUUUCUGGUCAAGACAUGGUCAAUGAAGAUGAUGGCGAUGAAGAUUUAGAUAGCAGAAGUAGUGCAUUUUCUAGGAAGAGAGCCGUUCCGCCGACUUCACAGUUUCAGGUAAAGAAAAAACUGAAGUAGCUAAAUGCUGUGUACUUUCUAGUGUAUUUAAUGACUUGUAGACGCUUUUCCAUGAUGGAAAUAUGCAAAAAAAAAACUAGUUCUUUUGUUAUUCAGCUUAGUAUAUUAGUAUAAACAAGAUUCUUUUGUGAAGUUAAUUAUCAUGGUCCA